AUGGGCUCCCCGCUCCUGCUCGCCUGCCUGCUGGCCCCGCUCUGCGCGCGGGGUGCGGGGCUGGGCCAGGCGGGAGCUGUGGCCCCAGGGCCCCCCCCACUGCGCCCGGCCUGGCGGCACCCUGAGGCGCCGCGGCGGGUGAAGAGGGCCUGGGUGAUCCCCCCCAUCAGCGUCUCCGAGAACCACAAGCGCAUCCCGCACCUCCUGGUGCAGAUCAAGUCGGACAAGCAGCAGCCGGGGGGGGUCGUCUACAGCAUCAAGGGGCCGGGGGUGGACGAGGAGCCCGUGGGCAUCUUCUCCAUCGACAAGUUCAGCGGCAAGGUCUUCCUCAACGCCACGCUGGACCGCGAGCAGAACGACCGCUACCGGCUCAAGGCGCUGGCGCUGGACCUGGGCGGCCGCACGCUGGAGGAGCCCACGGACCUGGAGAUCAUCGUGGUGGAUCAGAACGACAACCGGCCGCUCUUCCGGCAGGACGUGUUCACCGCGCGCGUGCGGGAGGGCGCCGAGCCAGGGACGUGCGUGCUGCGGGUGGAGGCCACGGACGCCGACGACGCCGAGACGGACAAUGCGGCGCUGCGCUACUCCAUCCUGGAGCCGGGCGCCGGCGGCAUGUUCACCAUCAACGCCACCACCGGCGAGAUCUGCACCGCGCGGCCCGGCCUCGACCGCGAGACCGUCGCCGUCUACAACCUGACGCUGCAGGUGGCCGACAUGUCCGGGGACGGGCUGGCCACCACGGCCACCGCCGUCAUCUACCUGGAGGACAUCAACGACAACCCGCCCGAGUUCACCCAGGAGGAGUUCUCCAUGGAGGUGCCGGAGCAGGUGGCCGGCGUGGACGUGGGCAAGCUGCUGGUGCACGACAAGGACCUGGCCGGCUCGCCCAACUGGCGCGCCAAGUUCACCAUCCUGGAGGGCGACCCCGAGGGCGCCUUCGCCAUCCGCACAGACCCGCACACCAACGACGGCGUGCUCUCCGUGGCCAAGCCGCUGGACCACGAGAGGCGGGAUCGCUUCGAGCUGACGGUGUCGGUGCAGAACGAGCGGGCGCCGGCGGCGGGCGCGCGGGGCAGCGCGCGGGCGCUCGCCACGGUGCACGUGCGCGUGCGCGACGUCAACGAGGCGCCCGUCUUCCGCGAGAACCCRCGGCGCCUCAGCGUGCCCGAGGGCGCCGCGCCGGGCACCGAGCUCCUCGCCUUCACGGCCAGCGACCCCGACACGCGCCAGCUGCAGACCCUCACCUACGCGCUGCUCUACGACCCGGCCGGGUGGCUGCAGCUGGACCCGCGCGCGGGCACCGUGCGCACGCAGCGCCCGCGGCGGCCCCCGGCCGCCUUCCUGCAGGGCGGCUGGUACAUCGCCCUGGUGCUGGCGCACGACGACGCCCGGCCGCCGCUCUCGGCCACGGGCACGCUCUCCAUCGAGAUCGUGGAGGUGAACGACCACGCGCCGCUGCUGCAGCCGCCCGCGGGCGCGCUCUGCGCCCGGCCCGGCCCCCGCGCCCGCCUGCUGCUGGGCGCCACCGACGACGACCGGCCCCCCCACGCCGCCCCCUUCCACUUCCAGCUGAGCCCCCAGCACCCCCAGCUCACCCGCAACUGGAGCGUCGCCCGAUACAACGUGACGCACGCGGUGCUGGCGCCGCUCGUGCCGCUGCCCCCGGGGCUCUACUCGCUGCCGCUGCUGCUGCGGGACUCGGGGACCCCCCCGCGGGAGCGGCAGCAGCUGCUCAACGUCUCCGUGUGCCCCUGCGACGCCGACGGGGCCUGUGAGGACGGCGCCCUGGCUGCCGCCCGCGCCGGCGCCGGCGUCGCCCUCGGCGCCCUCCUCGCCAUCCUCGGCAGCCUCCUGCUCCUCCUGCUGCUGGCGCUGCUGGGGGCGGCGCGGGAGCGGGGCCGCUGGCGGGCGCAGCGCCGGGCGCUGCUGCGGCGCUCGCGGGACGACGUGCGCGACAACGUCCUCAACUACGACGAGCAGGGGGGCGGYGAGGAGGACCAGGACGCCUACGACAUGGAGCAGCUGCGGUGCCCGCCGGUGCCAGCGCGCGGGGCCGCCCCGCGGCGCCUCGGCUCCCCCCCAGCGCCCCGCAGCCCUUCGGCCAUCGAGGACUUCAUCAACGAGGGGCUGGCGGCGGCGGACGGGGACCCCGGCGUGCCGCCCUACGACACGGCGCUCAUCUACGACUACGAGGGCUCGGGCUCGGUGGGCAGCGCGCUCAGCUCGCUCGUCUCCAGCCUGGCGGACGAGGACCAGGACUACGACUACCUGCGCGAGUGGGGGCCGCGCUUCCGCCGCCUCGCCGACCUCUACGGCCCGUAG